UCUGUCGAGAUUUUGAGAAAAAAAAACAAGGGGUUAUCAUUACUGUAUUUUAAUUUCAAACGAUAUGAAUGACGUAUAGUUGAAAAAAAAUGUUUAGGGGAAUCAUCGGCCUUAAACUUUUCUUUAUUUAUUUCAUUGCCAUAAAUUUCUAUGGUGUAAAUGCAUACUAAGCACUUCUUAUCUGUGACUGCUUACUAAGCUUAAAAUUAAGAGUUUAUUAAGUUAACACCAUAACAAGUUCAAUGAGCAUUCGAAAAGUUCCGGGUAUAAACUAUAGGACUUAAAACAGGUAUAUAAUUGGCAAUAAGGGAAUGUCAAUUUAAGAGCUUAAUAAGGGGUUUAAGUUCUGCUGCAAAAUGGAAGACUAUAUUAUGAGUGUUUCGGAAGAUUUUCAUUUAGACCACAGUCACAAAUGGGACGCCGUUAAGAAACUUGUUAUGAAAAUUGAGGAAGAAGCCGGGGAUCAGGAAAAAUUUGACCCAGGUGUUCGGCUUCUUCCAAGAAGUGAUGUUACACUCUAUGGUAUUAUUCCUAAACUGGAAAAGCAGAUAUUAUAUCGAUGCAAAGUCUGUAAAAUUGUAUUUAACCCCCGUGAUAUUUUAUCUCAUAAGAAUUGUUUGGCGCCGCCCCACAUAGCACAACAACCUCUUUCUAAAAAGAAAGUGAUAAGUAAGGGAAAAAAGAAAAAGACACAAUCCAGAGUCACCCCAUCUCCUCCACCUCUAUCAAAGAAAGCCCAAACUCCCCCAAUAGCUUCAACUUCAAUAUUAACUUCAAAUACUCUGCCUGAACUAAAAGUUUCAGUUUCAAAAGUAAUUCUGCCAAAAAUCCCCAAAAGUUCCAGUGUUAGUUCAUGUAUAACAAGUUCAACUGCAUCUUCUAGCAAACCAGAAAUUCGAGUUACAAGCACAUUAUCAAAAGUAACAUCAGUACACAGCCCAAGGUCUAAUAGCACCAAUUCUCACAUUUCUAAAAGUCCCGCAAAAUCACCGUUAGUUACACCAAUGGAUACUCUUCCGGUUCCGUCACCAUUGUCGACUGAUGGUAGUUCUACCAGCACGGCUGGAACUAGUGCUGCAUGCAGUUCAGGUAGCAAUAGAUACAACAAAAAAUCAAAAAGGAGCAGCAAUAUUUCCAUUUCAAACAAAGUUGUGACCAAGGACUACGAUCCAGAUGUGCAUUGUGGAGUAACAGAAGGAAAUAGAGGACCUUGUACUAGAUCAAUCACUUGCUCGAAUCAUAGGAUACAGUUAAGAAAAUUGGUUCCUGGGAGAAGUAAAGACAUUCAUCAGCUAAUAGCCGAACGAAAAGCAGCAAAGGAAAAAGACUUGAAGGCUACAUCUUCUUCUUGUUCCUAUACGUCCCCAAAUGGAGAAGAAAAAGAAAUGUUUUGCCAAAAUACUUCUUACGUACCUAUUGUGGCCAAAAUUGUCACCACCGUUGAGUCCCCUUCAACGGUCACCACGUCGUUUGUACCUAUUAUGCCUAAGGUAUCUUCUAACCCAAGACAGAUUACUACCUCAACUAUUUCUUCAAAGAAACUAAAUGUGAUUGUAAGUGAAACUGAAUCCUCUAGAAAACUAACAAAUGGCUAUAUAAGUGAACCAAAUAAUUUUGAGACUGCUUCCCAAGAUGGUGUGGGAACGGUUCCCAUAGUUUAUAUGCCCAUGAGUCCUAUUUCAGUUGUCAGUCCUGUCCAGUUUGUAAAAAUCGGUAACAAUAUGAUUUGUCUGGAGUCUCCACAGUCCGCGAUGAGUCCGCCGAUACAAAACAAAUCGGUAUUUCUACCUUUAUCGAGUAAUACUAGUAAUUCCAAUAUGAAAUUGUAUAAAUCUCAUCCAAAACCGAUGGUACUGCCGACGUUUGGGGCUCGUAACGUGGGCGGAGCGAUCUUGUUAGCGAAUCCACGCAUAGAAAGCCAGAGAAAGGAAUUGUUGACUGCCAUCGAAACUUACCAUGAGACUGUUAAUAAUCACAGAGUGGUAUCUUUACCCAAUCAUAGCACUCCCCAUCGUCCCAAUAUUUUGAAAGUAAAGAGUAGUGCUAGAGCAAACAAUAAAAGACCGGCUAAUGAUAAGCUGGUCACUAGUGAUAACAAAAGGCUAGUGCCUGACGUGAAUGGUUUCAUAUUACACGCUGAUGUCAGCGAAUUGGCUGAUGCUCCUAAGUCGAGUAACUGUAUUCAGGAAAAAAUCGCCCUCCUCAAUAUGAAAUGAUCUUCAAUGAAUUUAGUUUUAAAUUUAAAUUUAAUUUAUCUGUAUUACUGUGGGGUUGUACAUACAUCCUCGUAUUUUAAAUAACCAAAAUCGCCCUUCCUAGUUCAUAAGAUAUAUACCUCUCUGUGUUAUGUACGUUUAUUUAUUUAUUAUUUUUAUUUGUUAUUAUCAAACAGCUUAUUUUUGAAAUUUGUUUUAAUUCUUAAGUGAUAGCUGUUAAAUUAAGCUUUAAAAUAAAUAUUGACAAGACUACGUUCAA